CACUUUCUGUGCAAAAAGUGGACGUGGCUGUCCGCGCGACCCGGCUUCGGCGGCAACGAGGCUGAAAGAGAACCGACGUAAGGUUUGAGCGGAAGUAUCUCCUCUCUCACAAUCCGACGGGCUCUCUCAUUCGCCAUCACUAGAUCCAAGUCAGCGCAUCCCCCCACCUUCUUUCCAACCCGCUACUCUUUUCCAUCUUCCCACCAUCGAUAUGAGCAACACGGCCCAAGGUCCCCCGAUCCAAGGCUCCAGCAAUGGUGUCCACGUCAAGCACCAGGACGGCUCUUCUGCUGACGAUGCCUCUGCUUCAAUCAAGCAAGAGAAGGAUGAACGGAAGCCCAAGCCCCUCAACCGCGUCCCCCGUGCAUGCAAUGCUUGCAGGAAACAAAAAAUGCGUUGCGAGGGUGCAGACCAGCCACCUUGUCGCCGAUGCCGCCAUGCUGGACUGGAAUGUCUGUUCGAAAAGCCUUCUAGGGAACCAACAUUAACCGGAGAAGCCGGGCUAGAGCGUAUCAAGGCCAUAGAAGCGUCUGUGUCCGAUCUCCGCCAGACGCAGAUCGCUAUCCAUUCCACUUUGGCAGACUUGGUCCAACAGUUGCGCGCCGGCAGCAUACCUCCCGUUCCCCAGACCAACUUCAAUGCCCCCUUCAGGUCGUCGCCUAGUGCUUACACGGGUGGGUCCCCUUCUUUAUCAACUCCGACCGCAUCUACCAUGGAAGUUGACAUCAAGCCUGCCAUUCAUCACAAUGCCGUAGCUUCAGAAAGCUCUGCGACUAGUACAUAUCAGACUCCAAAUACCCUUCCACCAAUGAUAAGUCCCACACAGUCAAGACAAGCACAGCGUCCCAAUGCACCACUGCCGUAUCGAAGUCCAUCAUCAGGUUCUGGUCCCACGCAGCGGCCUCCAGGUGAUAUGCACCCUCCUCAGUUGCCGCCUCCUAAUGGCGCAUAUACUAACGCAUCGGGUGUUGUGUAUCCAUCCGGCUCGCAAGGGACGACUUUGCCACCGAUUUCAUCGUUCCAGGACAUCAGUGGGCGUCAGGUGCCCCCGUCAAAUGUUUCUUCAGUGCGAUAUCAUUCAGGAGAAGGUUCAAUGACAUCGCCGCGUCAGCACGCAUUAAAACCAACCACUUCUCUUCAUGUAGCUACAGGACAUCGCUCACCAAAGCGGAAGGCUGCUGGCUCUUCAAACGUAACAAGUUCCAACAACAGCGACUUCGAGGAUGAUGACAACGGAGAGCUUCCGUCUAAGGGACUCUUAGCGCCCUGGGAGGUUUUACGUGGUCUCGCGGACGUUGCCGCGGAGAGAGCAGCACAGGAGAGUGGAGAAAACAGCGAGCCAGGCAGUCGCCAGAGAUCACCUUCUCCGGACUCUAAACGACAGAAACCCUCGAAGCGCAGAAAAACGACCCAUCGUCCUCCUCGCGUUACUUUUACUGAUGUUGUUACAAAGAAGAUAAUCUCGGAGGGGGAGGCUCGCGACCUUUUCAAGAUAUAUUAUGCCGGAUGCUCUACUUUUUUACCCGUGUUUGAUAUUAACUAUGAUACCUACGAGUCCCUUCACGAGAGAUCUCCCUUUGCAUUUGAUGCUAUUUGCAUGGUAGCUGCGAAAGUUCGCGAUGGCGGAGGUCCUCCUGGCGAGCAAUACUUAAAGUGUCUGGAAGAAUGCCAGACAAUUUCAUGUGCUACAUUGUUUGCCCCUGUAACGAGACAAGAGGCCGUUCAAGCCAUGAUCCUUGUCUCCGGUUGGUCGGAUAAUGGUUGGCUGAGCGGCGGGCAUGCCGUUCGGAUGGCGGCUGAGUUAUCUAUGCAUCAGGCCUGGCCCAAGCUUAUGAAGCGCAUCGAGGCCGGAAAGGCUACUACCUCAGCGGAAGACAGGAAGCUUAUUACGGCCUCGCGUAUUUGGUUUUGCCUGUAUCUGUUUGAGCACCAAAUGUCCUAUGGUACCGGCCGCCCCGCUAUUUUGAAGGACGAUGAGAGUAUAUGGGGAUCGCGGCUGCUAUUGAAGCAUCCCCUCGCCAUUCAAGAUGAUAUGCGACUCUGUUCGACACUGGAGCUCAUGGCAAUCCGAGAGAGAAUACAUAACAAACUCUCUCCGGAUCAUCCCUUAAACGAUCAAACCUUCGAAGUUCUCCGCGAAGCCGAUGCCGAAUUCCGAAACUGGUUCGCGACUUGGGAUUCGGCCUUCUCGCAGAAGUAUGAGGAUGCGGCCUUUUACCGUCAAAGUCUCCAAAUACAACAACUCUUAGCGGAGCUAUUUCAUAAUGCUUUCGCCUUGCGAGACAUCGAGGUGCCAGAAGAUGUCGAGGGCAUGCAUCCUUACCUCAAGCAGCUAGCACAGGAUUCAUUGGCGAUCGCACAGCAAGCACUCACCAUCACCAUCAGCUCAAGCUCUUACAGAGAGGGUCUCAAAUAUGCUGUUCAUUAUACUCACGCGACUGCAACGUUCACCGCAUCUUUCUUACUUCGCCUCGCUAGAAUAUUUCCAGACCAAUGCGAUAUUGAACAUAUUCGUGGACUCGUUCAACGACUCAUUGACGUCUUAUCCGAAAUUCCUGCACGUCGUUACGCGAAUACACUUACGCUUAUGUUGAAAAAAUCCAAGAAACGCAAGCCCAGCCGCUCGCCCACUUUGCCUCGUCAAUCAUCAAACAUGACACCCACUAAUGUUCCCCCUGAGCGACAACACUCUCAAGGCCUUACGACCCCCGUCUCCCCUACGUUUGAUCGUAACUAUUCCCAGCAUGGAUCCAUGCACAGUGCGCAUAUACCCAUGAGCAUCCAACCACAGUUGAAUGCUGAUGCAGCCAACUUGGAUCAAAUCUGGCGUGGAUUUGAAGGGACUGCGAAUGAACAGCUGCCCGUUUGGCUAUCCGACAAUCUGGGUGGUAAUUCUCUUUCGCAAUUGGGACUCGAAGCGUUCAUGAUGCCUCCCGAGUACGACCAGCGAACGUACGCGACGCCACAGAUAUGGUAAUGGGGUAAAAGCCAUCGUAUUUGAAAGCCAGAAAUUUGAAAGAACAAGCGGAUGUCUUACAGUUCCCUUCGUAUGCAUUUUCGCCCUGUUUCCUUGGUUCUCUAUCUUUGUACGACGCGCCCCACCAGUAUGACGCCUUUGUAACAUGUACUCAUUAUGACCUAUCUGAUGUUUUUGGAGAGCUCGCGUUUAUGUAUGGCUAUCAUCUUGUGUAAUUGGAUGUUUCUUGGCUUUUGCCCAUUAUUCUUGCUAUUGUAAUGGAAUAGACAUU